GCUCUCAUCAAGGUUUCGGAAGAAGAGAAGAACAAGCUCAUCAAGGAAUCGGAGGAGAUGAUGGCUGAGGUUCGAGUUCUGGAAAAGAAGACCUGGCAAGAUCUUCCGCGGAAAGAUCAUUCAAAUCGACCCGAGUCGAUUUGCAUGCUAUGGUGAAGUUGCUGUGCUUGAUGACAACACCAUUGAGAUCACCGAGUUGCCAAUCAAACAGUGGACUCAAGAUUACAAAGAGAAGGUUUUGGAGGGAUUGAUGGAGAGCUCGGACGAGAAGAAAUCGCCUGUUAUCGCCGACUACCC